AUGGAAAAUAUUACAAAAAAAAAAUUUCGUGACCAUAAUAAACAAUCUUCAAAAUAUUUACGACAACGUAAUUUAACUAAAGAGAAACAUUUUAUUGAAAAUUGUGAUGAGGAAGAAGUUAUGCCAUCAUGGAAAAUUUUUAUGAUUAUUGGUAUUGUAGUUUUAUGUUUUGCAAUUUUAUAUCCACAUAUAAUUGGACCAAUAUUUAAUUCAUACUUUUCAUCUACUUCUUCACAAAAAAAACCUUCAACACCACCAAUAUCUCCUGUUCAUCCUGCUUUAAAUAAUCCUCGUGCAGGAGGACCAAGACCUGGUGGACCAAAUAUGCAUUCUGCUUUUAAAAUGGCAGGACAAGCUCAACAAACGGAAACUUCAUCAAUUCGAGGUGGUGCAUUUGGAUGGUUAUUGCCAUUUUAUACUAUUGGUGUUAUGACAUUUUUAGUAUACACUUUAUAUAAAAUGAUGUAUGGUGGUAAAGAAAAAAAAAAUAAACGAAAAUACCAACGUAAUGUUUAUGACAGUGAUUUUGAUGAUGAAUCAUAUGAUGAUGACGAUGAUAUUGAUAAUAUGAGUUCAAGAAAAAUGAGACGUCUUCAAUGCCAGCUUAAGGAAACAGAAGCAGCAAUGACAAAAAUAUUAUUACAAUUAGAAAAUAUGCAAAAUAUGGAAAUGGUUGUACGUCAAACAAUGGAAAUAAAUAAAAAUAAUAGUAAUAAUAAUGCUAACGAGGAUAAUGUUAUGAUUGAAGAAGAAUCUUCAUUGCAGGAACGUUUAACUAAUAAUGCAGAUGAAAUUAAAAAAACAUUAAAUAAAUUCCAUCUAUUAAAUAAAUAUUAUACGGAUUUAAAACAAAUUUCCAAUCAAAAAGAUUUAAAAAGAAUGAAUGUUGAUGGUGAUUAUAGUAGCAAUGAUGAAAAUAGUGAUGAGGAAGAUGAUUUUGAAAAUUUUACCAAUACAUCAAAUGAAUCAGUAGAAAAUAAUAAAAAUACAACUGAAAAUAAUGAAAUUGAAGAAAAAUCCUUAAACAAGGAUAAUGAAUCUGAUAAUACCAAUAAUGAUAUUGAAAAUGAAAAUAUUUCUCCAUUAGAAAAUAAUAAAACAGAAUUAUCAUCAAUGUUAGAUGAUGACAAAAACACGCUUAUUGAAAAAAAUCAUGAAAUUAACACUGAUGAAAUAAAUGAUAAUGAAAAACUGUCAAAUAAUAAUAAAAAUAUAAAUAAUGUCACAAAAAUAUCACGUAAAGAGAAGAAAAAAAAGCAUAGUAGAAGAGAAAAAUAA